CCUGUCGCUUCCUGUUUCCGGUUCCCGGAGUGGAGCAUUGCAAGGCGCCGAAGGGAACGCUGGCUGUGACACGAGCUCUGGGACCGGGGUCUGCGGCUGGCCCCUCGCUGGCCCUGUCUCCCAGCCCCAGACAGGUACUCACCCGGGGAGUCUGAACUUUGGCUACUGCCUUUGCCCGCGACACUAGAGCUGAGGAGUUGGUAAACUGCUUUGGAAGUCGAGAUAGUCUUUUUAAGCACACUUUGCAGAAAUCACCAACAACCUGCAGAUGCUAACUCUUCACCAAGGCCAGAGCCAUCCUCUUGUUGAAUACACACACACUGCGCCCCCAGACUGAGGGGGCCCAGGAGGGACAGCAGAAGGAUGUUCCCUUUCCACAGCUGCUGGAGGGCUGGACUGCUGCUGCUGCUCCUGGCCAUCACAGCAAGAGAAUCCUGGCAGGCAGAAGAAAAAACCUGCGACCUGGUAGGAGAAAAGGGUAGAGAGUCAGAGAGAGAGUUGGCUGUACUGAAGAGGCUGGCACCACUGUUUAACAAAAGCUUCGAGAGCACUGUGGGCCAGGGCUCAGAAAUGUAUAUGUACAUAUUCAGGGUGUGCCGGGAAGCUGGCAACCACUCCUCGGGGGCAGGCCUGGUGCAGAUCAACAAGAGUAACGGGAAGGAGACAGUGGUGGGGAGAAUCAAUGAGACUCACAUCUUCAAUGGAAGUAAUUGGAUCAUGCUGAUCUAUAAAGGGGGUGACGAGUAUGACAACCACUGUGGCAGGGAGCAGCGGCGUGCGGUGGUGAUGAUCUCCUGCAAUCGGCACACCCUAGCGGACAAUUUCAACCCUGUGUCUGAGGAGCGAGGCAAAGUCCAAGACUGUUUCUACCUCUUUGAGAUGGACAGCAGCCUGGCCUGUUCCCCGGAGGUCUCGCACCUCAGUGUGGGUUCUGUCUUGCUUAUCACGUCUGCGUCACUGAUUGCUGUGUAUAUCAUCGGGGGAUUCCUGUACCAGCGACUGGUGGUGGGAGCCAAGGGGAUAGAGCAGUUUCCCCACUUAGCCUUCUGGCAGGAUGUCGGCAACCUGAUAGCAGAUGGUUGUGACUUUGUGUGCCGUUCUAAACCCCGAAAUGUGCCUACUACAUACCGUGGUGUGGGGGACGAUCAGCUGGGGGAGGAUUCAGAAGAAAGGGAUGAUCAUUUACUACCAAUGUGAAUGCACUUUAUAUGCCCUGGCUUCUCCGGUCCCUAAACCAAAGCGUACUCAGCCAGAUUUCUUAAGCAGCCUCUCUCCAGUCUCUCAUCUCACCCUUAAUGUUGCUCUUGCUCUCCAGUUUGCAUCCUCUUCUCUCUAGUAAAAAUGCCUCCCCAUUGUUACCUAUUUUUGGUUUUUCCUCUAGGGAGGUAGAGUUGUAGGUCAGAGAUAAUAUAGUAAGGCCUGUGACAAAAGGCACUAUCUCCAUAUAGGAAGGUACAAGUGGGGUAGCUAUGAGCGAAAGCAUAUGGCAGGCUAGCUGACCUUUUUAAACACAUUUUCACUUUUUGAGACACUGGGAUUCUUUAAUUAAAAAAACAAAAGAAACAUUAUUUAUGCAAGGUUUGAUUGCUUUCAUGCUUACUCUGUACCCUACAGUAGUCUCCACAAGAAGCUGCAUGUAACUUCUUGCUGCUUCAAGCUACUUUGCAGUGAUUACUUGGUUGCAGUCCAAGUACUGCUAUUUGGUCUGAGCCUGGAGAUGAUGUAGACCUGUUUCUCCCACCUCCGGGGUUAGGAUGGGAGAAAAUGUGAAGUUUCCUAAUUAGAGGAUUGUAAGGUACCAUCACAUCGUUCGUUGGCAUUGGGAUACCUUUGCAGCUGGAAUCAGGCCCUGGGUUGUGGUCUUGCAGUUAUCAGUCCACAUGCAGCCACAAUGCCUCAUCCACAGUUCCGGUCUAUCAGGAAGGGAAGCUGAAAGGGACUGCUGUGAUACGGGAGUUCAGGAAAGGAACGUCUGUUUACCUUGUCGUGGGAUCCCUCUGAUGGCUUUCUUUCUCCCACUUGUAAUACAAGUUGGCAUAGCUUCUUUUACCAGUGUUUCUAAACAUGUUGCACUUCCUUCACAGACAUGUUUUUUUUUCCAGUCCUCUGGAAAGGGAAUGGAGGCGGAAGUGGGACAUCUAGGGCUCUACCAUCCUCCACUCUGGGUGUGGGAUUCCCCUCCAUCUGCCCCUGCUUCUGCCUUAGGGAAAUACCUUCUUGCCCACACUUCUGUGCAGAGGUUUUUAAUGCUCUGAUGCUUUCACCUUUCUGUGUAAGCCACAUGCCCAGAAAUGUGGCCCGAUCGUUAUUUAAUAGUGAAGCUGUGCCACUGAAGAGGAACAUGGCUCCACUGGACACGAGGAUGGAGUGAGUGGGGCCUUUUAUAGCCUUAGAGAAAGUGAAAUUUCAUCCUUGGACUUUUCAAUAUUAUUGGAAUGAUUUUUUUUCUUUCUAGGCAGGGAAAAUAAUGUUUCAAAAACAUCCUUUUGUUACUUGUUUGCAUCUCUUCCCUACUGGUGUUUUAAAAAAAAAAAGGGAAAAGUAUAUCAUUUUUUGUACAAAAAACACUUAAAAGAUUAAAAAAA